CAAAGCUGAAGAAGCAGCUGACUGCUGAGAAAAAUGUGAGGGGAGAAAAGUUUGGCUAGCCCGGGACUAGUUGAGUGAAAGCGUAGUGGAGCUUGUGUGCUGGGUGGCGGUUGAUGUAGGGCUGAUACAGCGGGGAGCUCGGAGCAAACCGCAGCUCCUGCACAAGUUGUAAGAUGUUUGCAUGAACAAGGUCACAGAGGGGUUGGCCUUCCACCCUGCACUGACCAUGGCGGAACACGCCAAAAUUUCUACCAAGCCAUGUAUAGGAACUGAGCCAGACUGCAGUACAAGUUUUAGUGCCAUCAGUUACAGUGAGGGGCCAAAGAAAAAGAAAAAAUUCAACCAUGAACGUUGUGUGAAUGUGGGACAACAAAACACUGACUUCUGGUACUGUGAAGACUGUAGGGAGAAUUUCCUAAAGGAAUGCCCAACUCAUGGCCCCCCAGUUUUUGUGCCCGAUACACCAACUGCACCGGGUGUAUCAGACCGUGCAGCUCUCACCGUGCCUUCAGGCAUUGAAAUCAUCAGGGACGACCAGGACGUAGAUGUGUGCUGCAUGGAUGAGAAUAUUCCCAGGGGAGCUUUGUUCGGUCCCUAUCAAGGCCAGCUGAUAGAGACUAAUGACAAACCCUCAGGAAAGUACUUCUGGAUGAUUGUUGAUGAGGACAAUAAAUAUAAAGUUGUUGAUGGCAGUGAUGAAACUACAGCAAACUGGAUGAGAUAUGUCCGAAUGUCUUCUGAGGAGAGAGAGAGGAACUUAAGUGCUUUCCAGCAUGGUGAACACAUUUACUUUCGCAUAUGUCGCAGACUGGCAGUCGGGGAGAGGCUUCGUGUGUGGUACAGUGAUGAGUACAUAAAGCGCCUACAGACUACAACUCAGGAUAGCGUCACGCGCAACUUACAGACAGGGCCCAACAAUGAAGCUAAAAGCCCACUGCUGCGCUCCGCUCUACAUGGGAGAAGAACCCUCAGUAAGCAUGGAAGCAUUGAGGCAGACAGCCAGCCUCAAGCCAAGAAGAAGAAAAUUGACCUUAUCUUUAAAGAUGUUUUGGAGGCGUCACUAGAAACAAGCCAAAGUAAGGACAAGCCAAUAAAUAGCACUCUGUCCUUACCAAGAACACAAGUCAGCAAUGUCAAUAACCAGUCAAGUUCAUUGCCACACAAGGUAGUGGAUGCAGUCCUCAGCCAGACCGAGGGUAAGAUUCCUCUCUUGGCAUCUGGACUUGCCUCUGCCGAGCACCUAGAGGGUAGUCUUGAAAGACAUAUCAAAGUAGAAGAUACACAGGAAGAGCCUACAACGAUUAAUGAAGGCCCAUCUACAUCUUUUUGCCCAAACUGUGUUAGACUGAAGAAACGGAUACGUGAACUAGAGGCAGAGCUUCGCCAUUUUAAACAACAAGAGCUGACCGAGACUAUGGGUUUGCCCCCAUCUGAAUCCCUGCCAAAUGAUGACCUGAAAGUAGAGCCCAUGACUCCUGUCCCAAUCAGUUUGGAGGAGGAUGAUCCAGAUGUUGACUCUGCAGACGAAUCCAUAAGUGCUGACAUGAUUGCAGCUACUGAUGACUCUUCAAAACUGACUGUUAGCCCAGGCCGUCGAAUUCGCAGAUUCAAACAAGAAUGGCUAAAAAAAUUCUGGUUCCUGCGUUAUUCUCCAACAUUAAAUGAAAUGUGGUGCCACGUUUGCCGGCAGUAUACUGUACAGUCCUCGAGAACUUCUGCUUUCAUCAUCGGGUCCAAGCAAUUCAAAAUUCACACCAUCAAGCUACAUAGCCAAAGCAACCUACACAAGAAAUGUCUCCAACUGUACAAGUUACGCAUGCAUCCUGAGAAGACAGAAGAGAUGUGUAGGAAUAUGACGAUGUUGUUCAAUGCUGCUUACCAUCUUGCAGUUGAAGGCCGGCCCUAUUCUGAUCUUCGACCCUUGGCAGAGCUGCUAAAGAAGUGUGAGCUUAAAGUAGUUGAUCAGUACAUGAAUGAGAAUGAUUGCCAAAUUCUUAUCCACCACAUUUCCAAAGCAUUUAAAGAUGACUUGGUAGAGAAAAUCCGUCUAUCUCCUUUCCUUGGUGUAAUCAUGGAUGAGCAAAACGGCGAUUUGUUGGCUGACACUGUUGCAGUUUAUGUGCAGCUUAACACCACAGAGGGCCAAUCUGCUACUGAAUUUGUUUCUUUACAAAGACUUAGUGGAACCAGUGUGGAUGGCUAUAUUCAAGCAAUUGAGCGUUCCUUUGGUGUCCUAGGCUUAAGGCUACAAGACCUGUUAGUUGUUGGCUUGGGAGUAGAUGGUUCCAAUAUCAACUCUAGCCUGAGGGCUAACCUCUGUGUAGCCAUACGAAAGAUUAUUCCAUUUGUAUUGUGUCUGCCUGUAAUGAUUCAUCGUCCACAUUUGGAGAUACUAGAUGCCAUUUGUGGGAAAGAACUUUCAUGCUUGGAUGACUUGGAGAACAACUUAAAGCAGUUGUUGAGCUUCUACAGGUACUCACCUCGUAUGAUGACCGAGUUGAGGUCUACAGCGCCUAGCCUGUCGGAGGAGACAGAAUUCCUUGGGGAUAUACGAGCAGUUCGGUGGAUAAUAGGCGAGCCUAAUGUCUUAAAUGCUCUCAUUAAAGACUAUCUGGAGGUGGUGACCCAUCUUAAGAACAUCAGCAGUCAGACCCAAAGAGCAGAUGCAGCAGCCAUUGCUCUUUCUCUCCUGCAAUUCCUUAUGGAUUACCAGUCUGUGAAGCUUAUUUAUUUCCUUCUGGAUAUCAUCACCGUUUUGUCACGUCUUGCCUUCAUUUUCCAAGGAGAUCAUGUAAUAGUUUCUCAAGUGGAUGCCAAGGUUGAGGAAACCAUUUAUGAGAUUGGCCAGCUAGUUGAUUCACCAGGAGAGUACUUGAAAGAGUUUGAGGAUACCUUUCAUGAGAGCUUCAAUGGGGUCAACCUCAAGAACUUGCGGGUUGCCGAAUCAAAGUUUCAGUCCAUCCGGGAAAAAAUCUGCCAAAAAAGUCAGAAAAUUCUGUCUCAGCGCAUUGACCAGCACAGCCAUUCUUUUGUUCAGGCCUGCAAGGUACUUGACCUGUCCUCAUGGCCGCGCAAUAGGGAUUACCUCCAAACCUUUGGAGAGAAAGAGAUGCACCUCAUUUUUGACCAACUGGAGACAAUUCCAUUGCCAGGUCAUAAGCUGUUGCUAGACAAAGAGGAUUUAAGAGCAAGCCUAAUAGGAGAAUGGAGGGAUCUUAAAACUGACUACUUAAGCACAAAUGGGCUCAAAGAAGGCAUGGGUCAUAUCAGCAAAUACAAGCAACGCUUUCCGUUGCUCAACCAAAUCUUGCAGUUGGUAAGGGUAUUGCCAACAUCAACUGUCUGCUGUAACAAAGGACGAGAGUCUCUACAGAAAAUGAGAAAAAAUAACCACUCCAGACUAACUCUGGAACAGAUGAAUGACCUGCUCACCUUGGCUAUUAAUGGGCCACCCAUUGCCAACUUCGAUGGCAAGAGACCACUAGACAGCUGGUUUGAGGAGAAGUCGGGAAACAGCUACACACUUUCUGCAGAAGUGUUGUGCAGAAUGUCCAACACUGAACAAAAACCUGUGCUGCACAUCAUGGAUGUAAAAUCAGAGUUUUCAUCUGAUAUUUAAUAAACCUGUGUAUUUGCCAAUAAUUUUUCACAAAGCCAUUUCAGCGGGAUGUGACCUGACCAGAGGCCAUAAUGUGAUUGGCCAAUAUGACUGAGAUUGGUUCUGCUGCUACAAUGGCCUGGUCAGCUAAUCUUGUUUUAUACAAUACACGCACAGCGGAUGUAAAAAGUCUACACACCACUGCUAGGUUUUUAUAAUGAAAAAAAUCAAGAUCAAUGAUUUUAGAUUUAUUUCCACAUUUAUUAUGACCUAUAAUCUGUACAAUUCAAUCGGAAAACGAAGUGAAAUUGGUUGAAGGGAAAAUACAAUAAAAAACUAAACUAAUGUAAUUUCAUAAGUAUGUACACCCUCUUAUAUUUGGGUGUGUGUCUGUGUUCAGAAUGAACCAAUCACAUUCAAACUUGUAUAAAAAAUAGUGAGUGACACCUGCCAUUAAUUAAAGUGACCUUGAUUAACCCCAUAUAAAGGAAUUUCACCUUUCAGCUUGACAACGACCCAAUGCAUACCACCAUAUCAACAAAAGAAUGGCUUCACCAGAAUAAAGAUUAUAGUUUUUAAGUGGUCCAACCAGAGCCCAGGCCUGAAUCCAGUUAAUAGGAGAUGCCCUCACAAUCUGACAGAUUUGAAGUGCUUUUGCAAGGAAGAGUGGGCAAAGAUUGGCAAGUCAAGAUGUGAUCGACUCCUACUCAAAACACUAAAUGCCAUUAAAUUAAAAGGUGCUUCAACAGUGUAUUAGUUUAUAUUUAUAAAAAUAUUUAUGCAACCACAUUAUUGUAAGUUGUUUAUAGGCCACAGUAAAGGUGAAAAUAAAUCUGCUAUGAUUUUAGCAGAGGUGUGUAGACUUGUUUUAUCUACUACAUACAUACAUACACACACACACACUAAGACCAAAUGUAUUUGGACACCAUGUUGACCAUGUUGUACAUCUCAUUUCAUAAACCAAUGGUAUUGAAAUAGAGUGAUGCUGGAAAAGGAAAGGGCCUUCCAUAAAAACCUGCAAGCAUAUAUUUUCUUUUUUAUAAUUGAUUUAUUACAAAAGCAAUUGUGGCGUAAACAAUUAACAGAAGAAUUCUAUAACUAGAACUGGUGUCCCAAUACUUUUGUCCGUAUAGGGUGUGUGCGUGUCUGUGUGUUUAUAGUAGUGUAACUGCCUUAGCAGGGCUUUAGCACUUACACACCUUUAAUGUAAUGUGUAAAUGUGUGGUUUUAAAUAAAUAAAAAAGAUUGUUUAAUGAUAUGACACAGAUAAAAUAUAUAAAGUAGUAAUUUUUAAUUUUUGUUUACUUCAGCAUGUUCCAAUACUGGAUUGGACUUUGCUUGACUAUGCAAAGUUAAGCCUGUUUUAUUUGUCUAAAUAAGAAACUAUACAUGGUUAUAAAUUGUUUUGUUUUCCUUCUGCAGCCUUUUCACCUGAUUUAUAUGACUUUACACACUUUGUUGUAUGAUAAUUCUAUAAAGUAAAACUCUUAAUUGUGUCACAUUUAUAGGCUGGUACAUAGGCAAUUAGAACAGCAUUCUCCACCAUGGGUGGUGAAAUUCUUUGCUUCUAUACUUGCUGUUAAUUUAACCAAGAGCAAAAGUAAUUGCAUUUGUCUUUGCUUUAGCAAAAUCCUGAUGGAUGGGCCAUAAUGCAUUACACAAUCAAAGCCCUGCAUGAAGCAGUUUAUGAUGUUCAGUAUGCGUUGAAAUGCUGUAUGCAAGAUGCUAUUGCCUCAUAUAUAUAUAUAGUUCUCAAUUUACUAUUCUUGUGAUAUUCUACCCCUACAUUUCAAUACUCAGACUUUUAUUGCUGCGAAAAGGUGUUGUUUUUUUUAAUUGUGCAUUUUGUUAGUGUCAAAUACUAUUUGAUAUAAUUUUAUGUUUUUCACAUUUUUUGCAAGUACAAUUAAGAUGUGCAAUUUAUUUUAAUUUUAAUAUUCAGUAAUGGCGAUUGUUGUUUUCUGUGAUAAAAACACAUUACAUAAGUAAUUAUAUUAAACACUGCACAUUUUGCUUUGUGUGUUUUCUUAACAAUAAUGAUUUUGCCCAAUAUAAAAAUAGGACGCGGCUGACCAUGUUACAUUAACCAAUAUUGUUGGCAAUAGCGUUACGAUGCUGGCUUCAGUUUUACUUGUGGUUCAUUGCUAGCUAAUUGACAUUUUCUUCUGUUUAGAAUGCAUUAAUUGUUGCAUGAUGGGCUGCAUGCGGUUAGUUCUUUAACUAAAACUAUUAAUGAAUGAUGAUGUCAUCAGUUAAAAUAAGGCAAUAUGUCAGUCCCUACAUACAAUCCAAACAUGAUGCCUUAUAUUCUGUUUAAACUUCUAAUAGUGUUUUAAUCAGCCAUUUCCAUCAUCAAAACAUUUUGCAAUGCUGCUUAAAAGUCUUAAUCAUGUUUGCCAAUGUUUCUACGAGAACAGUGUAUAUAUAUAUAUAUAUAUGUAGAUUUUGUAUUUACUGUUCUUUACCUCACAUUGAAUAAGGUACGUUAAUGGAAAAUAUGCUCCUUUGCAGGGGAUAAAAUAAAAUGUCUUAACUUUGUUAGAUAAAUGUGAAGCAGUUAAUUCUGCAUGCUAUUCACACAGCCAUUUUAUGUAUUUUAGAUAAACAAGACAAUUACAAUAUGCUGGAACCGCUGUAGGAACUGGUAUGCAAAUACUGAUAGAUUAUUUUCUGUUUAUGCUAUAGAGCCUGCUCGGUUUAGGACAAUCUUUUUUUUUUCUUUUUUUCCCCUAAUUUUCUAUCAAAAUAGCUUUAAUGCAUUUAUUUUAUUUGUUUAUUUUUUCACUUCUUUUUAUUAAAAAACAUUAAAUAGUGCUUACACUGGUAUAUCAUGCUUGAUUCAAAUGUAGUUCAGCUCUGAUUUAAUGGAUUGCUUCUCUUGAAUUAUACUGUAGUGUAUUCUUUAAAUUCAAAUACUGUUUGUUAGUUUUUUUGGGAAAUGUACUGACUGUUACUUUGUAUAAUAUGCCAAUAUCAUAUCAAUAUCAAUAUCAUUUUGGCACAUACAGUACAUUUUCUUAAAAAAUUUACCAAUAGUGGUGUUCUUUUUUCACAAUGGUGUAAUACAGCCAUCAGUGCACGUCUUCCUAGUUUAAAUAAAUAUAUAUAAUAAUUUUUUUAAAUGUUUUUGGGGUUUCUUUUGGCACAAUAAUGUACAUAUUUUAUCAAUCUUUGCUUUGAUAACCAGAAAUAAUUUACGUUAACAAAAUUAGUAUACAAAUUUUUUUUAAAUACUUGUAUUGCAAAGUCUCAAUUUUGUUGCUCUGUGUAUCUUAAGGUUAAAGCCCAAAGCAUUUUUAUCACCUGGCAAGUCAAGAUUCAUACUUUGUUUUAAAAAAAAAUCAUCUGUAUGUAUAUUUGUAUCGCCUUCAUUAUUUUGUUGGUUAUUAUUUGAUAUGUUUUAUUAAUAAGCAAACAUGCCAGCUUUAAAGGAACAAAAAUGUCAGAUUUCAGGUUUACAUUAAAAUUUGUGUGAAUGAUAUAUUCUGUUUUUCUUUUGGUGAAGGGUAAUGUCAUCAACUACACGUGUUUUCCUAGCACUAUGUAUCACAUUUGCAUGAAUACAUUGUAACACUGGAAAUUUAGACCCCACAUGUGAACUGUAGUUAUGAUAUAAAACCACUUACAUUUAUUAUUCUACAUUUAUUAGUUUCAUAAGGUUGUUUUGUAUUUUAUUUGUUUGAUGUGGUGCAUUUUGCUUUGAGGCAACGGAUCAAAUGCUCUUUGUUGGAUAACAACCCCUGUCAUUGUUUGUCUGUGUCCCUCAAAUUGCAGGCUGAUCCCUGGCAUUAAAACAAAUAUUAUGUCAUUGUCAUCUGUAUUCACUAUGUAUAGAAUAAUCCUGUCAUACACGGCCACAUGUUGUUUGGGAGAAAAGUACAAACUAUGUUAAAAUAAUUCAAUAUCAAUGAAAUUAUAAUAUACA